UCAAAUUUCAAUUAGAUUGCGAUAAGAACCGAACAAUUAUGGAACACGAAUUCGUGCCCAAAAGUCCGACGUCCACGCUCUGUGAAGACGAGAGUGACGAUGGUAACAACGCAAAGUUCUUGGGUCCAAUCCAUCUGCCAACACCUUUCACUGGUGGUCAUCCAUUUAAUGGGAACGCCAAUGUAAGCACAUCGCCGUUACUUCUGGCAACGCCGCCACUCUCCCCACUGGACAUGAGUGUCCAGAACCCGAAUAUGCCAAUGGCCUCGGCGAUGCUGCCCUCGAAUUAUUCGUCGCUAUAUCCACCAACUGGCUAUAUACGGAUCAUACCUUGCUUUGUGUGCAGUCAGCUCUUCACUGACAUUGUGCCACUGAGCAAGCACUUACAAAUUCAUGCCACGCAACUCUGGGUGCUGGAUCUCUCCGAUCCCAGAUUAUCUUUGAGUCGGCUGUAA